AUGAUUGGCAACAAUUCGUACUUCGCGCUGCCGCGCUCGGUUGCCCGCGCUUUUAAACAAACACGCGUGACGUGCCACGUAGCAACCACGCGUCGUGCGUGCGCAGGCUCGCAGCUAGCGCUGUCGUGUGAGAAUCGGCCUGGUGGCCAAGUUCGACCGUCAAACACCACAGGUGAAGACUCCUCCGCCAAGUGCCGCCUAUCCUCCAUCCGUCCCAAGCCUGGCUACUCCGGUCACCUCUGGCAAAUCGCCAACAUCGUCUCAGCUAGUGUCUUAUCUAAAGAUCUACCCCCAGACGUUGCUUCCAAAUGGGACAGUUUCGUGCAGAACGAUCUGGAAGCCAUCAACGAGGCUCAGCGGAUAACGGAGGAUGAGGCGGUGGCGGAGAACACCGACGACAGGUCCCCGUUCGCCCUUGGCAGCCUCCGUAUUGGCGGAGCCGGUUGUCAAAUGGCCGAACUCUUUAAGGCAGGCUCAUCUGCACAUCUGACAGUCACUUCGGGUUUUCGGAAUGGCGCGCUAGGCCAGGGCGACGGUGAAGAAGGCGCUCCACGAUCCGAUCCAAACGAGGACGCGUUCGACGACGAUGACGAUGUCGACGGCGCGGAGGAGUGCGAGGAUCAUCAGGCGGUUGAGCCGAACGUGAGCAGCGACGACGAGGGUGCGGGCGGCGGCGGUGGCGGCAGCGACUCGUCCGACGAGGAGAUCCUCCAGUCACCGCUCACCAUCCGCCAACAACGCACCAAUCAGGCGCCCGCGACACUCCACCUACCUGUCAACGGAAUUCCCUUUGUCAAACAGAUGGAUGCAUGUAAGGCUUCUCGUCUCUUAUUCUCCCUUAUCAAUUCUGCGUAUCAGGUCGUCCACAUGUGCUUUCAGAGCCUCACCAUCCUGGCCUCCAAUCUUCACUCCAGUCGACACGCCGAUGAUCCAUUCGACGGCGGACCCCGAAGAGCGGUCGUGAAAUCCGCCUGGGCACACAACCCAAACGAUCUCUACCGUCACCCUCCUCCUCUCCCUCUUCCCCCCGUUAUUGGUCUGCGCGCGGUCGAUAUUGUCUGGACGCCCGUUUUACCUCCCCCCCUUCCCCAACCCCCAAUCCGACCACCCGUCUCCUUUCCGACUCCCAGUUGA